GUUCUCUUAAGGAACGUUACUUAUUACAAAAAACUACAAAUGAUAAAAUAUUUUAGUAUCCGUAAUUUAUUCGUAGCGUGCACGUGUUAAAGUUGCAGUUUUUAAGUGUGUAAAUAUUAAAUACUGGUGAUCAGGUUUCACCAGCAUGUAUAUGGUGCUAUAUCCGGAGGUGCAGAGGAAGGUUUAGAAGGAGCUCGACGAUGUGGUGGGGACGGACCGCUGGCCCACCAUUAAGGACAAACCUAAGGUCACUACUACGAUAACUCCUACUGCGAAUCUAGUGAUUACAUGAGCAGUCCUUACUAUAGUGACAGUUACAGGACUUGGAAUGAUUCUGAGAUGUAUAAUAGUGAUUCUACGAUACAGGUGCAACAGAUGACUAAUAUGUAUGGAUGCGGGUUAUAUCAAGAGCAAAAUAGUAAGAUCCAGCAGGGUGUGGAGGGAUAUGAGAAGGUGGAUAGCCCAAAACACCAACAAGUGACCAGCUCGAAAACGGAGUUACGGAAGUCUGGACGUCAAAAAGCGAAAAGAAAGCCACGUGUCCUCUUCUCCCAGGCCCAAGUUUACGAGUUGGAACAAAGGUUUAAGUUGCAAAAGUACCUUACGGCACCAGAACGGGAACAAAUGGCGCAAGUGCUUAAGUUGACGCCCACGCAGGUCAAGAUUUGGUUUCAAAAUAGGAGAUAUAAAAACAAACGUCAAACCUUAGAAAAGCAGCCGACUGAAACAGGAAUAAAACCUGGAGUUUCACCGGGACUAACUUCCUCUUCAAAUACUAACUACUACGUCCCUGGACUACCUCAAAGUGGCUAUGUUUAUCAUAGUGGUUCUCCACCCGCUUACGGUACUGCUGAUUUUUUCAAUCAAACCGAAUACGGGCCUUACAGUAGUUCUCCUUUGACCUAACUAUUAUAUUAUUUGUUGUAUAUGAAUUUAACUUUGUGAUUAUUUGUUUAAUGGAAGUAUUAUUUUUUGUUAUAUUCGUCAUUGAUUCAUUUGUAUUCGUUUAUGUAAAUUUUAAGUUACAUGUUUAAUUAGCUAUAAUUUUGUGACUGAUUUAAGCUUUAAUAAAUUUACUAUUAAUGGUAGACAAUCAUUCAAGGUUUUUGUCAAAUAAAAUCCAUUUUGUUUAGGCAUUAUCUAAAUUAUUAUGUCUAAAAUUGAAGUAUUGUAUAUGAAUUAGGUAAUAUUUAUGUAUAUAUAGAUUAUAUUAAUAAAAUUAAACGUAUAGAGUUAUUGU